CGCCAGUUACCCCUCUUCGAUCCGAAUCGGGUAGCCAAGGAAAAUACGCCAAUGAGCAAACGCGCCUCGCGAUCCAAAAAUCGUGGCUCUGUAUCCCGAGAGCAGGGCACGACCGACUCGCAACAAGAGAAAAAAGGCGAUGCCAAUACUACCGCGACUAUGAACGGUGUUAUGCUAGAACAUAGGCGCAAACAUUCCUCCUUCGACACGACGUCGCCGUCGAGCCAGGCCGCGUCGCUCAUGGGCCACUCCAACUUCUCGCUCGAUGACGAGGUGCCGAAGCUAGGCGAGGACGACGAAGGCUCCUCCAAGGGCUUCUUCGAGCUUUCCAAGAAAGACCAGCGGAAUUUCCUGUUGCUGGUGUUGCUGUACUUUCUCCAAGGCAUACCGAUGGGAUUGGCGCAUGGCUCCGUGCCCUUUCUCCUCAAACACAGUGUCUCGUAUGCGGCCAUUGGCGUCUUUUCGCUCGCCGCGUACCCGUACUCGCUGAAGCUGCUCUGGAGUCCUAUCGUGGAUGCCGUAUGGUCGCCCAGCAUCGGCCGCCGCAAGAGCUGGAUUCUGCCCAUUCAGACCAUUUCUGGAUUUUCCAUGAUUUGGCUGGGCAAGAACAUCAACCGCAUGAUGAAAGAGGCUGGCGAGUCGGACAGCGGAGUUUGGAACUUUACAUGGUGGUGGUUUGCGCUCGUGUUCCUUUGCGCCACGCAGGACAUUGCUGUAGAUGGCUGGGCACUUACCCUUCUCUCCAAGGAGAAUCUCGCAUACGCCUCGACUGCGCAAACCGUUGGCCUGACGGCAGGCCAGUUCCUCUCGUACACCGUCUUUCUAGCCUUCAACUCCAAAGACUUUGCAAAUAAGUGGUUCCGUACCACCCCCGCCGAAACAGGCAUCAUGGAGCUGGAUGGCUAUCUUAGCUUCUGGGGCUGGGCCUACCUGAUUGUUACCUUUGGGCUGGCUGUCAUGAAGCGCGAGGAUCGCGACAGAAACGGUGACGGUAUUGGAGAAGUGUACCGCACCAUGUGGGGUAUUCUCAAGUUGAAGAACAUUCAGAGCUUCAUCAUCAUUCACUUGAUUGCAAAGAUUGGCUUCCAGGCAAACGACGCUGUCACCAGCCUGAAGCUGCUGGACAAGGGCCUGAAGCAGGAGCAGCUGUCGCUCGUCAUCUUGGUAGACUUUCCUGUCGAGGUGUUUCUGGGCUACUACAUUGGAAAGUGGUGCCAGAGCUAUCCCCCCAUGCACAUCUGGUGUUGGUCGUUUGUCGGGCGUCUGGUUGCGGCCGGGUUUGCGCAGUUUGUCGUGUCCAUCUUCCCCGCGGGAGGCGCCUCGGGAGGAUUCCUCCUGCUCGUCAUUGCCGAGCAUGUGCUUUCGACUUUUAUGAAUACAGUCAUGUUUGUGGCUGUCAGUGCGUUCCAUGCAAAGAUCUCGGACCCGCUCAUCGGCGGCACAUACAUGACGCUUCUCGCUACCGUGUCGAACCUCGGCGGGACGUUCCCGCGCUACUUUGUCCUCAAGGCCGUCGACAUGUUCACCUCGGCGACCUGCAUACCGCCUACAGGCACGCCCAAAGCGGGCCUCAAAGGGCCUCUGGUCACGCAGUCUUUCUCGUGCUCUCUCGAGGCCGAAAAGCAUCGAUGCAUAGAAGGCGGAGGCGUAUGCAACGUCACGACGGACGGAUACUACAUUGUCAACAUACUGUGCAUUGUGAUUGGAGUGGUGACGUUUUGGGGAUACAUCAAGCCGGCCGUCAUGAGGAUCCAGGCGUUGCCAUUGAGGGCAUGGCGGAUCGCUGCAUAGGACGCAGAAGAAGACAUGUACGAUAUAGACAUGAUAGAUGGAAGCAGCUGAGUAAAUGGACG